UUUAAAACGACUAUUCGGCGAAAAAAAAUUUAAUUUGAACAGGUGCUGCAGUCGAUUUAACCAAUCACAGUCGAAUGUGAAGAAAAUAACCGACUGCGAUUAGUUAAAUUACCAUUGUAGAUCGGAAUUUAUCAUCUAUGGUUAUUUCGAGCUACAGCUUCAUACUCCAGCCAUGAUAUUCCUCAGAGGACACUAGCGCACAGCACAAAAUUUUUCUGAAAUUGUGAAUCCCAUAAGACCAACGGUCUUUGUUAAUAUCUCGUCGGUGCUUGAGUUCUGAUCGUAUGAUAAAUAUUAUUGCAUAAUUACAAAAACUAUGGUGGCCCAUACAGUACUUCUGGACUUUACAGUAUCUGGUAGCAUGAUUGCUGAUGUAGAGAAGCGAUCAAAUUUAAAAUCAGCAAUUUCCAAUGUAUUGGCGGAACAUUUUACUGGUCUUAAGCCAUUAACAGAAUCCAAUAUUGAUGGCAGUUUGCUUGUUUUAUACACUGGACCCAGAGGUAGUCUGAUCACUGUCAGAGGAUACACAGAAGGUCUGAUUACCUUAAACAUCGAGUAUUACAAACAGGAUGACGAGGAAGCACUCUUGACUUUUGAGCAGUGGCGAUACUUGGAAGCUGAUGUUGCCAUGGCUUUGAACAGCCAGCGCAGCAAACGUUUACCACCAGUAAGACGAGGAACCAUAUAUGACCUCUAUCUGACGCUAUCAGACGAACGGCUGCUGGAGUAUGACAUCGAUAAGCUCGUGUUCGAGGCUAGGUCGCCAUACCAAAAGGUACAAAUCGUGCACUCCAAGUCACUGGGCAAUUUGCUGGUGUUGGACGAGCUACAGAAUAUGUCCGAGGCGGAUCUCAUAUACACAGAAACGCUGAUGCAACGCGGCAAAGAGAACUAUGCCGGCAAGGAGAUAGUCAUACUCGGCGGUGGUGACGGCGGCUUGUUGUGGGAAUUGCUGAAGGAAAAGCCGAAGUUCAUCACGAUGCUCGAAAUCGAUGACAUCGUCAUGAAAGCUUGUAGUCAGCAUAUGCGAACCAUAUGUGGUGAUUGCCUGGACAAAAGAAAGGGCGAUAAUUAUGAGAUAAUAGUCGGCGAUUGCGUGAAAGCAUUGGCACAUAUGAUCGAAGAAGGCCGCCAGUUCGAUUAUGUCUUCGGCGACUUGACGGAUAUUCCUAUUAGCACAACGCCACAUGGUGAUGCCUGGGACUUCAUUAGACUAAUUCUCAAUUCCUCCAUGAAAGUAUUGAAACCCACUGGCAAAUAUAUGACGCACGGAAACGGUGCGUCCUGUCCAGAGUCCUUGAAAAUGUACGAAGAAGUCCUGUCGCAAUUGUGCGUGCCCGUGACAUUCACGAAGGAUCGUGCCUUCGUCCCAUCCUUCUUCGAGGACUGGAUUUUCUACCAAGUCUCACCGAAAUGAUGGAGUAAAAGAUAUUCAGGCAGAACCUGGAGUGCCAUGCCAAAGCAGCCUCCUCACAGUCUACUACCCCUCUUAUGACCCAAACUAUUUCCUAGUUUAGCUUUGUUAAUUAACGAAAUUAGUUCCUGAGCGAGGCGAAUCAAACUAUCAUAUGAAUCCAAUUUAUUUUAAAACACAAUUAAGUAAUCCGCGUGCGUUUCCUCUCGUUAUAUCUUAUAUUUUUGAAAGAAUCUGUUUUUAUGAUUGAACCGAUGAAUGAAAACGACAGUGUUGGAGGAUAAGUCCAAAGUGAUGAGCACUGACAAUAUAGAAGUAUGGUGUUAUGUAUAAUAAAAGCUGUUUUGGCAUAAGUAAACUUUUUCUUUCACUUGCAAGACUAAAAAAAAAUAAUUUCUCGUGACAAAUAUAACUUGAAUUCAGUAACUCAAAUGGAAUACUGACGGCAUAAUGAUUAUUUACAAAAAAGCGUUUUUAUUACGUACAAAUAGGUAUUUCUACUGUAGAUGAAAAAAUAUUUUUUCUCAAUAAUGUGAAAGUAUAUUUAGUGUCACUAAGUAAUAAACGUUUUAAUGCUUAUCAGCACAAAGAUUAUGAAAUUCGUAGUUGAUUAUCCUACUUAUAAAGGUAGGAUUAAUUUUACAAUAAUUAAUAUGAAUUGAUGUUAAUGUGAAUUAUAUAAUUAUUUCUAUCCAAAUUUUAUCUAUUAGAUACGCGACUAGCGUAUCUAAUAGAUCACUUUCUAUGUUUCUUAAAUUACUAUAGAACUCGACUUCCUCCAUCGCUAUCUCGAUAUCACGAAUAUCAUAUUGUAUGCAAAAUGUAUCUUAUAACAAUUACAUUGUUUCAAAUAAUCGUUGCAUAAAGUACAAUAAGGUACUAUAUUUUUCGUUUUUUUCUUUGGAAGUUUUAAACGAAAAAUUUAGUAUUUCAAGAUAUAUUCCUUUUUACUUGACUACUAAAGAGUGAGUAGUUUUUAUUGUUAAUUCUUAUUAAUUCUUUAUCAGAACUUCUGAAUUGUUUAUUAUACGGACUGUUUAUAGUUUUUCAAUCAUUUUACAUUUAGAAUUGUUCUCGUUUUGUCUUAAAAAAUUAACAGCAAUAAUAUACCCGUGAUGUUACUUGGCAUGUUACAGCCGAUCUAUUUGUCUACGCUAGCUCGUGUAUCGAAAUAUCUAUGCGAUGUGUAUGUAUAUGUGCAUGUGUAUAUAUAUAUAUAUAUAUAAUAUAUAUACGUCGCAUGUACUAUACAUAUACUUUGUAUUGUAAGGCUCGAUGUAAGAACAGUGAGAGUUUUGUCAGGAUAAAUUAUUUUUCUAGCAAACGAUUCUUUUCUCUGAUUUGAACAAUCACGAUGAAGUGAUCGACAAAUAAAGAUACAUACGUACAACUCGAUUGACCCUAAACAGUAUAAAAUAUUUGCGUACAUAUCGGUAUACUAAAUUUAUAUACAAAUUGUAGCGAAAUCUCAAUAUUAUUCUAAUAGAUUCGUCAUGUUGAUAAAAAUGAAAACUUAAUGUUAUUGUUCGAAGGAAAUCGUUAAAAGCGAAACUUGAAAGAAUCGUGCACUUCGCUGUGUCAAUAUCAAAGCUCAUGCGUCGUACUUAUACGGUUUAGGGUUAAGAGGAAAUCAACAAAACAAAUAAAUCUCGUAUGCAGAUAUGAAUAAAUUGAAAUAACGAUCGAAAUAACGAAAAAUAUUUAUCCACUCAUCUUUUAACUUCUUGCGCAAUUUUACAAACGGUAUUAAUUUAUUAAAUAUCUUCUCACAGUAUUAAAAAGCGAUAUACAAAAAAAACGUUUUUAACGUAAUCUGUUUAAAGCAGGUGUGAGAUAGUAAAACGUACAAACAAAACCUAAAUCGCUCCUGUCUAAUAUGGGUAAUUAAUGGAGCUUUGAUAAUAUAUCCUUGAUAACUGAGCACUCUCAAUAAAUCAAUCGAUUAUAAUAUUAAUCGAUAAAUAUAUGCAUACGCACAAUCUAAUCAUAUAUAGUGCAGAGAAAAGUCGAAAUUGCGAUGUGACAAUGAAUAAGAUUGUUCAAUUAUUUACAACAAUGUACAAUCGUCAAUUUUAUUCCUCAGAAAAAAAAGACCUGUCAUAUUAUCGUGCUUUUGUCUGCUGUCAAGAUUGGUAAAACGUUGUAUCAUAUGUUAAAUUCCACCACUCAGCUAACAAUGAUCAAUUGCAGAGGACAGCAGGCAUUAUAAACUGAAAACUUAUAAUUACGAUACAAUAAAUACGCGAUUUUUUAGUAGAGAAUAAACAGUCUUAUAAAUUGUAUAAUUCGGACAUUUUAAGCAACACUUUUUCGAAAGGGCACUAAUCGACUUGUUCGAUAUUUCGUGAACGACGAACACAUUUCUUGUAUAAAACAAAGAAUACCAUGAUGGGUGCAUCUGUCGCCGAAAUACUGAAGUUUAUCGCAAUCGAUGUGCACAAUAAAUUUUUUUCUUGUA